UCACCAAAGUCGCCAGGCCGCUCUGCUGCGGCACCGAAGUCGGGUGCUGAAGAUUCGGCGGGCGGGCCGAAGUCUGCUGCCGCACCAAAGUCAGCUGCCGGUGCGUCAAAGUCUGCUGCCGGUGCGUCAAAGUCUGCCGCCGCACCGAAGUCUGCUGCGGGUGCGUCGAAGUCACCAAAGUCGCCAGGCCGCUCUGCUGCGGCACCGAAGUCGGGUGCUGAAGAUUCGGCGGGCGGGCCGAAGUCUGCUGCCGCACCAAAGUCAGCUGCCGGUGCGUCAAAGUCUGCUGCCGGUGCGUCAAAGUCUGCCGCCGCACCGAAGUCUGCUGCGGGUGCGUCGAAGUCACCAAAGUCGCCAGGCCGCUCUGCUGCGGCACCGAAGUCGGGUGCUGAAGAUUCGGCGGGCGGGCCGAAGUCUGCUGCCGCACCAAAGUCAGCUGCCGGUGCGUCAAAGUCUGCUGCCGGUGCGUCAAAGUCUGCCGCCGCACCGAAGUCUGCUGCGGGUGCGUCGAAGUCACCAAAGUCGCCAGGCCGCUCUGCUGCGGCACCGAAGUCGGGUGCUGAAGAUUCGGCGGGCGGGCCGAAGUCUGCUGCCGCACCAAAGUCA